GCCGCGGCCGGCGCGGGGAGUAGCCGGCAGAGCACCGUUGGGGCGGCCUUUCGCGCGGCGCCCACCGGCGCCUCUGGAAGCGGCCUGUGGUCCCCUGCCACCGUCCAGGCUUUGCUGACACCCUGGGACAGGUGUCAGCUUACUUCCCAAACGGCUGAGACACAGAGUUAGGACGAGGGAAGGACGGUUAGUCAGGUGAGCUGUAGCCGGGUGGCCACGCCCUAGCGGGGGAAGAGCUGGCCCGUUGCCGAGGAGUGAGGUGAAGGGAUGUCGCUGCAGGGAGGGAGGGCCUGCCCUUGCGGGAGCCGCAGGUCAUAUCGUUUGUGCCACAGGGGUUGGCGCGACCAUAACGAGCACCCUCCGCCAGCCGAGAAAGAGUUAAGGCGCCGGCCGUGACUGCGGGCCCCGGAUGUGAGGACCGUGGCGCAACGUCUGUGGGCCGCGCUGCAGGUGCGCCGGGGCGGGCGGAGCCAGAGGGCUGACGGCGACCUGACAGUCUGAGGCAUCCCCUCCCCUGCAGGGGCCGCUUGGCUUUCUCCUAGAGCGCCUUGUUUUCUAACUUAGGGUCAACAGGUGGUGCGGGUGGACCAGGAGAGAGCCCUGCUCUGCCUCACUGGGAGCGACGGUUUCCCUAACCAAUUAGGGUUCGGGGGCGGGAGUGGCAGGGCUGCCCUGAUACGGGUGACCAAUGGGAUUUGGGAUCAUGGGUGGGCCGUGAGGAGUGGGCGUGGUCCUUGUCUGAGUCCAAGGUUUCUAGUGCAGCAACUGCUAGAGCUGCGUGGAGAUCUAAGCUGGACGGACGUGGGGUGCGUUCCCCCCCGCAUAGAAACGCCUGCCAAUGGUUUCUCGUUUGGACCCAGACUCCGAUUCCGGAGCAGUCUUGUAGCUGCAUCACCAAAGAGAUUCCAAAGCAGAAAGAAGAAAUUACAAUUUGGGACACUUAUUUGCAACUGGAAAUGGGGAAUGGACUGUCAGAUCAGACUUCUAUCCUGUCCAGCCUCCCUUCAUUUCAGUCCUUCCACAUUGUUAUACUGGGUUUGGACUGUGCUGGAAAGACAACUGUUUUAUACAGGCUGCAGUUCAAUGAAUUUGUAAAUACUGUACCUACCAAAGGAUUUAACACUGAGAAAAUUAAGGUAACCUUGGGAAAUUCUAAAACAGUCACUUUUCACUUUUGGGAUGUAGGUGGUCAGGAGAAAUUAAGGCCACUGUGGAAGUCAUAUACCAGAUGCACAGAUGGCAUUGUGUUUGUUGUGGACUCUGUUGAUGUUGAAAGAAUGGAAGAAGCCAAAACAGAACUUCAUAAAAUAACUAGGAUAUCAGAAAAUCAAGGAGUCCCUGUACUUAUAGUUGCUAACAAACAAGACCUGAGGAACUCACUGUCUCUCACAGAAAUUGAAAAAUUGUUAGCAAUGGGUGAACUGAGCUCAUCAACACCUUGGCAUUUGCAGCCUACCUGUGCAAUCAUAGGAGAUGGACUAAAGGAAGGACUUGAGAAACUACACGAUAUGAUAAUUAAAAGAAGAAAAAUGUUGCGGCAACAGAAAAAGAAAAGAUGAAUAACAAUACCUUUUAUAUCUGUGUGGAAUAGGUUUUCUCUGGUCUGAUUUUGACAAAUGGAAGAGUGUCUACAGCCUGGUUUGCGUGUCUGCCUUCCUGGAUGCUAUUAAAGCUUUGUUUUGUUGAACAAUCAGAUGCCCAAUUUAUUUGCCUUUUGGAAGAUGAGUAAAUGCAGUGCUUCUUAAAGUGGUUUCCUCUCCCUACACCAUAAAUCUAUCGGUACUACCAUUUUGGGAAGCCAAGCAAGGAUAGUAAAUUGACCAGAAAAUAGUUGUGGAAGUUUGACCUGAAGUUAGUAAAAUAAAACUCUGAAGAGUGUCUACCUAGUGUUUUGUGCUUAUAUCUUUUGGGGGGAAGCCUUUGCAAAGAAAUUGCAUACAAGGCUUUGUAUGUUAAGAUAAAAUGCUAGUGAAUGGAUACUUAAAGUAGAUUAAUAUAUACACAUAUUUAUGCAGUUAUAUGAUCACACUGGGACAGGGAGGAAGUGUUUGCUUUUUUAAACUUUGGCUAAAUGAUUUUUUUAUGUUUCUGGAAUCAAAUAAUUUAAUGCUGUCUCUUAAUUCUAGACAAUGUUUAAGUUGGUCUGACUUCAAUAAAAAAUAAGGUGUUUGAGGUAUA